AUUCCCUAAUGAAGGCUGAUUGGUAUGCAUGGCUUUCUCUUCCUAUUUACAUUUUGAUUAAAAUACUUUUAUCAGUUGGGUAAUCUGUGUAUUAAAUCCUGUCAAUUACUAAUGGUUAUCUUUGCUGAUAAUAUACUUCUGGGAAAACUUGCAGUAAAUUCAUUUUUGAGUACCUGCAGGGGUAAUUACUCUGUAUAAUUUUAAUUAUUUAAUAUCUACUCCCUCUUGGAUAGUGUCCAACUCACACCUGCCUUAUAGUAUAUUUUGCUCUUUAGAAAAAUAUAUUGUUUUUGUGAAGUUCCUGGAUAGUUCAUAGUGUGAGCAAUUGAUUCUUUUCAUAGUGCAGUAAGGGAUUUGGAGAGAAAAGGUUGGCAAAGGAAUUAGCAGAGCAGAUAGACAUAUGUUCAUUAUUAAUGCUGGUAGUGAAAGCAAAAAAAGAAAAGGUAGAGUAAGGGGCAAAGGAAAGAAUGUGUCUUGGAAUAAGAAAAAGUGUUGAAAAUAUAGACACAGAUAACAGAUGCUUAUGUCACUGAAAAAGGUGCUCAUUAUUAAGGAUCUGAAACCAUGCCCUCUGUGUUUAGGUGCUCAGUAAAUCAUUUAUGAUAUUUUAAAGAGGAAACUAAGUUUCAGAGAUGAGAAUCUAGGAGAAUAAAGGAGAAACUGUGGCAGAUCACAUUGGGAGGUAUUAACACUGAUUUAGAUAGUGUUAUAUUAGUUACAUAGUCUUUCUUCUGUAGCAUUCCAAGUGUGCCCCACAUGUAUUGUUUUAUUCUUUUCAUGAUUUUAGAAGGCAGCACAUAGAAAAAGGCAGAAAGAUAUUAAAUUACUCAGUUACACAUAAUUGUAAUGAAAUCUGGAAGAUUCUGACACUAAUUUGUCACAUAGAAUCACAGUCUAUUCAUGCUGAAAAGAACUUCCGUAUCAUUUUCUGUUUCUAAGCCUUACUUUUAUAGAUGAGGAAAUUGAGGCCCAGAAAGAUUCUAUGUGUGAUGUUUACUAUUGGCAAUAAAGGAGAAAAACAAUUCUUAACUUUCUUUACAUCCACACAGUUAUACAGAUUUUAAUGCUGAUAAUUUAGUACUUUCCCUUUUUCCUUUUGUUAAGAGUUUUGUAAGAGGAACUUCAAAAAACAUAAUGUCCAAAAUGAGUAUGACAACAAUGGGUAAAAGUUCCAAAACUGUUUCAUCUUACAAUUUAUAAAAAGGUCAGUCAUACUUGUCUGUUUCACAGAUGGAAAAAUAAGGCCCAGGUAGAUUAAAUAUUUUAAUUAAUUUCUCAUAGAUCCAUGGGAGAUACUGAAAUAAAAUUCUGUUCCUUAACUCCAGGACCUAUAUUCUCACCACUAGGUCACCACACAAAUAUUGUAUGUAGAAACAUAGAGCUAAAAGUUAAAAUAUGUGAAGUUAAUUAUUUCCUAUGGAAAAGCUUAGUAGCUGGCUAGCUAGAAAGGCAAGAACCAUAUGAUCAUGACAGGUGAGUACUUUUUUUAAUCAUUUAUUAAAUGGAUAUUUUUAAGACCCUACAAAGGAUCCUCUAAUUCUGUGGCUCUGAAAUAAUGGAACCAACUUUGUAUCAUAGAGGGAUCUCAUGUAUUUGUGUAGCACCUGAGUAAACAAGACUCAAAGUGAGGAAUUCUUACAUUUUUGCUCCCUAAUUGAAAUACCAAAAAACCCUCCAAGGAAUACUUGAACAUGAAACAUUUUGUGUUUAUCAGAAAACCAUUCUUAAUGGGUUAUUUCAGUUCCUUGCUAUACGGGAGAAAUAAUUGAUAAUUGUGGGUUUCACAGUCAUAAUUUGGACUCUUUCAGACAACUUAGAACAAUAUGUGUUUUAUUUAAUACUGUUCAUAUUUAUCUCCUCCACUAGGCUGUCAGCCUUUGAGAAAAGUGACCAUAGCUUAUCCAUUUUGCAUCUUGUGCCUGAUUCAAAUGCUCAGUAUAUGUUUAUCUAAUUUAUCUGCAAUUAUUCCAGGAAUAGGAGACUGGUUGGAAUGACCAAGAAUCUCUGGAAGUUGACAUCUAAAAUAAAUCCCUGGUAGUUCAUUGAAUGUGGUUUUCAGUUUUCUUGCAAGUUGAUUGAGGACAAAAAUCUGGUUAACUGAGGCAGAGUCUAAGACAUUUCAGUUUAUAGAGGUUUUAGUGUAGGUAGCUUAAAGAUGUUAUUAGGAUGUAAUUGACAGAUUGAGAUCUUGAUAUAUUUUUGAUGGUUAUAUAAUAAGCAAACAAGUUUGUGCUAAAAGAUAACAAUACUACUUUUAGUAGUGUAUUUUCUUUUCCGACAGUGGUACUUGAAAAGGAAAAAAAUCCAAAUAUACCUAUCUAACUGUACAAUAUUUGUUAAGAUGAAAAAAUCUUAAUCUUUGAAGUGAUCUUCUAUUCAAAAGUCUGAAAUUUGAUCACCCUCUCAGUUGAAAUAAUUAUAACAUUGUCUAGCUCAUUACAAUGUCCAAUUGAUACUGAACAAACUCUCCAUCAUACAGACUCUAUAGAAAUACAUGUUUUACUUCUGUCUGAGACACAGUGGACUUCCAUGUAACCAAAAUUUAUUUUACUUUCCUGGCUAAGCCACAAUGGAUCUGUUCUUGAUUAUAUUACUUGCCUUGUGUCAACCUGUAUUUUUUUUGUCUCCUUAGUCUUUUUAAGAUGAGUUCCAUACAUUAUCUGAGUAAAAUAAUUUUUUUAAUUUGUCUAACUCUAGAUCUUUCAACCUUAAAGGAAUAUUCAAAGGAUUGAGAGGGGGGUUUCUAGAUUUCCAGGUUAGCCCCCUAACACCAAUGGUAAAUUUAGUUGACCUCUUCUGUAUUUUCUCUAGUUCCACCUUGUUUUCCUUGACAGGCAAUGGGUAGAAUUAUAUGCAAGCUUUAUUUGCAUUGAGAUGGUACUGAAGUUUGAUUAUUCAUUUUCUUUGUUUGCCUUUUCUGGUUAUGACCAGCUUGUUGGCCUUUUAAGCUAUUGUACCAAAGUUUUUAGAAAGCUAGUUUUGGGGAAACUGUUACUGAGGCCUGUUAACUAAUUUCUCAUAAUCAUAGAGAAAGGUAUUUGGAUUGUUUCCAUUUAAUGAAUUGUUUAAAAUUUAGUUGACAUAUGUGUCUCUGCCACUUUUCUGUUAUGGUAUUUCAGGCUUGCUAUUUUACUGCCCAGUGGAGAUAAGUUGCAUUUGUAAGCAGGACCUUCACUAUGUGAGCUCUUACAUUAGGAAGUAUGUGGAUCAUGGCCACAUAUAAGGGCAUAAAGAAAGUUUUUAAGAGUACUAUGUAAAAACAUCUAAUAUACGGCUAAGGACAAAGUAGGCAUUCAAUAAAUGUAUAUAGUUAUACACACAUAUAUGUAUGUAUGUAUGUUUAUAUUAUAUUUUUUAGCUCUUUCCAAAUGUCUUUUCUUAAUGUCAUAAAGGAUACAUGUAACAGAUUCUUUAAUUUUAUCUUUGAUUUAGCAUGACUGCUAUCUACCUGAUGUCCAUGCUUUUUGGCCUUGCAUGUGGGCAAGCAAUGUCUUUUUGUAUUCCAACUGAAUAUACGAUGCAUGUUGAAAGGAAAGAAUGUGCUUAUUGCCUAACCAUCAACACCACCAUCUGUGCUGGAUAUUGUAUGACACGGGAUAUCAAUGGCAAGCUGUUUCUUCCCAAAUAUGCUCUGUCCCAGGAUGUUUGUACAUAUAGAGACUUCAUGUAUAAGACUGUAGAAAUACCAGGAUGCCCACCUCAUGUUCCUCCUUAUUUCUCCUACCCUGUAGCUAUAAGCUGUAAGUGUGGCAAAUGUAAUACUGACUAUAGUGACUGCGUACAUGAGGCCAUCAAGACAAACUACUGUAUCAAACCUCAGAAUUCCUAUGUGGUAGGAUUUUCUCUCCAACUUCAAUAGCAAUGUAAUUUGCAAUUCAGUUAAAUGUGUUUACCUGGAAUAAAACUAAUAAAAUAUCAAUAUAUUUCACAGUAUCUUGUGUGCAUUUUGAGUAUGAUUUCAUCCAAACCAGUACAGGCAUAAGAGAGCUUUAGAAGAAAAGGCGAGAAAAGCCUUUUGAGCUCUUAUGUUUUCCACAUGAAAGGGCAGAGUGCAGGUAAAAUGGAGAAUAUGGACAUGAAAUACUAACGAAAGCUAGCCUUGAGUAAGCUCUCUUAACAGAGGACCAUGAUGUUUGUCUUGACAUAGAAAAUUAAUGUGGGAAUGUUACAGAGCCAAAAGGAAAGAGUAAGGUGAUCAGAAGCUGAAGAAGCAUAUGGCAUCAGGGUAUUGCAGAUACCUACCUUCAAAAGGCUAGAAGCAGGACUGUAGUGGAGGUGGAAAUUAAAGAACAUGUGAAAUCUGCCAUAGAGUAGUUUAUUCCAGCCAUUCAAAUGUACAGGAUAAAACUUCACCGAAACUCACUAAAUAGUAUAGUCUAUUCUAAUAAUCUUUCCCUUUAAUUACUCUGAUGGGCCAACUGACUUAGGAAAGUUAUACCCCAAAAGCCUAGAAAAGAGGCCAUGAUCAUUUUACAUGCAGAAGUCUAAAUCCUUUGUAAUCUUUCAAGUAAUAGGAGACAUUUCCCAACAUUUAUACAAAAAGCAACUUGUGCUCUUUUGGCUUUUGAUGUCAUGAAAACCUAGUAUGGUUAUGAUUUUAGGGAUGGGGGAGAAUGCUAAGGGGUUUAAUAGCACAGAAUCAUCCUAAAUUCUAAUCUAAAACUUCACCAAUAUUGAGAUAUUGUUUUCCAGUAAAUGUGCUUGAUAAGUGGCUGUUUGUUUUUCUUUUCCUUCCUUAGGCACUCUUUCAAGAGUUUGAUUUCAACAGAUGUAGGAAGUGAGACAGAUCUAGUGCUCUGCAGAUUUGACCUAAAAAAGACAAUUUAUCCUGAAUUUAUCCAUUUAUUUUCAUCCAAACUGCUACCAUCAGGAUAUAAAUCAGUUAUAUCCAAAUGGAUUGCCUUCAGAAGGAGGAAAUAAGUCAUCUCUGAUGUAUCUCCUCUAGGGUUCUGU